UCCCUCGGCUGGGCUCGGCGGGCGGCGGCGGCGACGCGCACAAAGGCGGACUGUGGCUUCACUGGUGUUCGCGGCGGGCAGCGCCGGGGCGGGGGCGGCGGGGCGCGCCGGGGGCCCCCGCGGGCGCGGCGCGGGCGAUGAGCCGGGGCCCGGCAUGGCCUCCCCGCGGCCGCCGGGCCGGCCCUGCGCGUCUGCGCCCGCGGGGCUCCGGGCCGGGCCGCCCGCGCUCGCCGGCGCCGCCGCCUCCUCCCCCGAGCCUGCGGGCGGCGCCGAGGCCGAGGAGCGCUCGCUGCAGCACAUGCUGCGCGCCAUAGCCGAGGAGCGCGGCCGCCUCAGCCUGCGCCGCGAGGUCGGCGGCCUCGGGGUCUUCAAGGAGGACCGCAUCGCCUUCUGGACCUGGACAUUCUCCACCUACUUCAUGGAGAAAGGGGCCCCGCGGCAGGACGACAUGCUUUUCUACGUGCGCCGGAAGCUGGCGUUUGCGGGCAGCGACAGUGGCACCGAUGGGAGGAAGGAGGCCGAGCCUGAGGUGGAGGUGGAGGUGUACCGGCGGGACUCCAAGAAGCUGCCGGGCCUUGGAGACCCCGACAUCGACUGGGAGGAGAGCGUCUGCCUGAACCUCAUCCUGCAGAAGCUGGACUACAUGGUGACCUGUGCUGUGUGCACCCGCUCCGACGGGGGGGACAUCCACAUCCACAAGAAGAAGUCCCAGCAAGUGUUUGCGUCACCCAGUAAACACCCCAUGGACAGCAAAGGGGAAGAAUCCAAGAUCAGUUACCCCAACAUCUUCUUCAUGAUUGACAGCUUCGAGGAGGUGUUCAGUGACAUGACGGUGGGGGAAGGGGAGAUGGUCUGUGUGGAGCUGGUGGCCAGUGACAAAAGCAACACGUUCCAGGGCGUCAUCUUUCAGGGCUCCAUCCGCUACGAGGCGCUCAAGAAGGUGUACGACAACCGAGUGAGUGUGGCGGCACGGAUGGCGCAGAAGAUGUCAUUUGGCUUCUACAAGUACAACAAUAUGGAGUUCGUGCGCAUGAAGGGGCCGCAGGGCAAGGGCCAUGCUGAGAUGGCGGUCAGCCGCGUGUCCACGGGGGACACGUCCCCCUGUGGGACUGAAGAAGACUCAAGCCCAGCCUCCCCCAUGCAUGAGCGGGUGACCUCUUUCAGCACCCCCCCCACGCCGGAGCGGAACAGCCGGCCCACCUUCUUCUCGCCGUCCCUCAAGAGGAAGGUGCCCCGGACCCGGAUCGCCGAGAUGAAGAAGUCGCACUCGGCCAAUGAUAGUGAGGAGUUCUUCCGGGAGGACGGCGCUGCAGCCAAUCUGCACAAUGCGACCAAUCUUCGGUCUCGGUCCCUGUCUGGCACCGGACGGUCCCUGGUCGGGUCCUGGCUGAAGCUGAACAGAGCAGACGGAAAUUUCCUUCUCUAUGCACACUUAACCUACGUCACUUUGCCACUGCAUCGGAUUUUGACAGACAUCCUGGAAGUCCGGCACAAACCCAUCCUGAUGACCUAGCGGUGUGCGGAGACAGAGAGGAGCCCCCAGCCCUGCCCAGCCCUGGGAGUGCUGCCAAGUGCCUACCUGUGCCGCUGCCACCGGGGUCUUCUGUGACAACCCAGCGCCGGAGCCGGAGCCGGGGCAGGGCCUCCUCGUCUCCCGGGGCCAGGGCCGACUCCAUGAACACCAGCCCAAACUGAAGUGCCUCUUCCUCCCCGCUGCUGGCUCUGCUCCUGCCCCCUGCCCACCCACUCCUCACACCCCCAGCCCAGCCCCGGAGAGCCCUCUGCUUCCAGAGGGGACCAGGGACUCCAGGAGGCCAUAGGCGGGAGCGCGAGGGAGCAGCUGGUGUCCGGAACUACCAGCCCGGUGUCAACGCCGCACCAGACAGCAGGCGGGGACCACGCAGCUCGGAGCAGCCGUUCAGUGCACUGGACUUGCCACACUUUCUGAAGGAAACCUCAUUUAAGAUUUGGGAUCUUAAGAUUUAACGCUGUGCCAGUGAACUUCAGCAUCCAAGUUCACGCGACUCAUCCAUCCCCGCCGAGUCUACCACUUUGUUACCAGGGGGCUACCAUGGGGAGAUGGGACAUGAGAUGUCGGACAGUUUUGCCCUCGGCUAGGAAAAUACCUCACCCCAUGCCCGGUUCCAGAAAGGCCCCGAGCUGAGCAGACAGCCCCUGACACCUUCCAGAAUGGCCUUUUGCUUCCAGCCAAAGAACAGCGCCAACACGCACACCUCCGACCGGGCACAGCCCUCUCUGGGCCCGGCCGGAGUGACCACAGGUUCUGCCCUCGGCAGCCGGCAGGGUGGGAUGGCUGGUGUAGGUAGGGCUGGCGUCUCCCAGUGAGGUUGUGGGCAGGACCCUUGCUGCUGGGGACGGAGCAGGGGGCAGGGUGUCGUUCCCUCUUCCCUGGUUCCCGGAGCAGAGCCGUUGGCAGAGUGUGCCGGCUCAGUGGGACAGACGGGGGGUUGGCUGAGGUUCUGGGCUGUCCGUGGGAGCGGGCCGCCCGGCGCCAGGCCUGCCCGUGGCCUUGUCCCAGCACGAAGGGGUUUCCCGAGACCAGAGGCACGUCCCCUGCCCACCUGGGAAUAAACUGUAAGAGGGGCUCCCUGCUGCUGUGUUUUCUGUGUGUGUGGAGUCCCCCGGAAGAUUUGAGGGUUCACGGUAUGCAGUAAGAGAUCCUUUUUGGGGGGAGGAAGAAUAGAGAAGGUUGUUUCCCAUCUGUUUUCACUCCGAGGUCUCUCACGGUUUGCACUGAGCACCAGGAACAGAGGACUGCUGGAGCUUUCUCUAGAUUUUGUAUGCCGUGAUUAAAAGCGAGCUACGUUUUAUUCUGCCUCAGUCUGCUCACCUGUAAAAUGGGGCUGAUACCACCUACCUCACUGAACGUCCCCAGGGUCCAAGUGGCACGACCGGGUCACGGCAGGGUUGCCAGCCCCUUUGCCCAGCUCUGGUCAGGUGUUCUGCUGUUGGGGUGUUUAUCCCCAUGCCCCCCACUGUGCCCUCUUUCACAGCUAUUCCAGGAAGACGUCUGGAGGUGGGGCUUGAACGUGUUUGCCUUCUCCUCAGUGCCCAGAGUGGGUCUGAGCUGUGUCUCAGCUCCACACGACCUCACUUUCCAAAGUAGUGUCUUGGGGUAGCACAGGGCUGGGUAACGCCCCAAAGCCUUGGAGCGCUGCCCCCGGGGAGCGUGGCCCGGCAGCCAGGACACGUUAGCUUUUGUUCCGGGGGGUGCUGCGCCCGUACCCGUGUGCAUCCGGAGGGGUUAAAAGACAGCGGUUUGUUCAGGAGCUUUUCUCCCUGACCAUUCUGAGGUCUGAAGGCUCUGGAACUCAGAUUUGGGAGAAAUAAAGUCCCGAGGUAUCUUGGAAAAAUGAGGAAGUUCAAGACUUACAGAAAAGCAGUGGCCCUGACCUCCGUUCUCAGAGGGAAGGAGCCUGGGAAGACCCCUUGCCUGGGGCCAGAGAACCAGCCCUGGCUGGGUCCUAGGGCAACUCAGGCUCCUCCUGCAAAAUGCCAACCACAAGGUCUGCCUGCCUCCUGGUGGUGUAGCCAGGAUCGAUUGGCGUGACAGGCGGAAGUGCUCUGUGCAUUGCAUAAAUGAACCCUGAGUUUUUAAAGCAUGCAGACAGCACACGAGGGUUUGGCAGUUCAUCUAGCACAAGCCAUGUGGAGGACUGUCUGAAACAUUUCAGUACUGUUAUCCCCAUUUUACAGAUGAGGAAACAGGACCAGAGAGGUUAGGUAAACCGCCCAAGGUUGAUCAGUGCAUAAUGACAGCUGGGAGUCAAACCCAGGCAGUAUGGCCCAGUCUACACUCUGAACCCUGACACCCUGCUGUUCCGGGUAAAUGGACAAAUGUUGAGGGGCGUCUACCUUUCUUGGUCUUUAAAUCUUCCUCCAAAGGGUACUUACAAUGAUUUUAAAACAUGAGUAGAGGCACUUGGAAACUAGGCAGCCAGCUGUCUCUCCUAGGCUUGGUUUUUCAAAGUAACGUGACUUCUCGUGUUGCUAGAUCUUUCCUUCUUGAAAGGCCACCUCUAAUUUUCCUGGGAAUAUGCCUCUUAUGUCAGGCUGACCAGAGCAUGCAGACAUUUCUUAAAGUGGAACUGGAAUUAAAGUACAGUUUUCCUUUGAGGAAACUGACAAUAAGAAAAUUGUGUAUUUUUUUCUUUUUAAGAAAGGUCAUGGUCCUAGAUUCUUUUAUUACAUUUCCAUUUGCAACUUUUCUUUCAGCACCUCAAGUUCAGGCCGCCCUGAGUCACAUUCUGCUUUCUUAUGGGACUUCCAUAAAAGCAACUAAGAUUCAUUAUUUCCAAAGAAGAGUAUUAUUUAAGACAUAAGUAACAAGUAGUCAAAUAAGAACAAAAAAGAAGCAAAAUGUUAUAGCUCCAUCAGUUUGGAGAUAGCCUGGUUCUCUGAAGAGCUGGAUAAUGUUAACCUUUGAACUUUUUAAGGACCGUGACCAAAUCAUCAGAAAGCAAACAGGUUUUUGUCUCCAAGGAGAGAGCAGAGUGAGGACGUGAAGGCAUGUUUCUGAUGGGAUUUCUUUUUUUUUGAGUCUUGGAAUCAAACCACGAUCUAGUUAUGCUGUUUAACCACAAAUAAACUUUUAAAAGAAGACUUUUUAAAAAUGAAGUAAAAACCUUUCUUUUAAUUAAAAGACAUUCUAAAAGGAAGUCUCUUAUGCAGUUGGUAUGCUAUAAUGGCUGACUUUUGAAAAAUAUUUAUUUUGACAGUGUCAUAAUAUGGUGGUUUUAAAUCAUUGACCCAAAUUCCUUAAAGGUUUACAUAUUAAAAAUCUACCUGCCAACUUUUCAAUAAAACUUAAUACAUUUCACUCCGAUGCAUAUUCUCUUCAGUUUCCAGUUUAGCUGGAAUUUAGUUUCACAUCCAGUUUCAAAAACUUGUAAUCUUCCUGCCGAGGCUUCCUCUCACUUUUCUGUCAGAAAGCAGGAAGACUUGGCUUUAAAAAACAACUGCCCCAUGAGGAUAGAAACUCUUGAGAAGUAGGAAAAUGCAAGUGUUGGCGACAUCUGUGUCCUUCAGUUUAAACUGAGGUAGCCUUUGGGGGGAUCAGCACAGAGGAUGCUCUGGUCGGAAGGCAGAGGCCCACCCAGAGGGAGAUGACAUUUUGUGCAUGAAGUGACGGGUCUGGGCUGUCAGCCCCUCGCACCCCCUUUUCCCUGACUGACCUGGAACUGACCCUGGAAAAGCAGAGCUCUGGGGAACACCACGCACGAGCAAAUUCUCUUGAAAGCCGCGUGGCUGGGGCCGGGUUCGGAGUCCCGCAGCAGAUGCGGCCAAUCCGGGACCAAGGCAUUUCUGUUUACAGUUUUCUGUUCCCCAAGCAAGCAGGCAUUUUUACUGUUGCAGCUCAAGUCCUUGAGUUUAGUAGAUUAAAACUAACUGCUCCUCCAGCUCCGCUGAGCAGCUUGACGCAUUCACUCUUUCUUACCUUCUUUGGACCCUUGGUGCCCCCAACUUCCUAAAAGGUUGGGGUGCUUUAGGUGUAAAUAGUUGUCUUUUAUGGUUUUCAAACUGAAUCUAUGUAUAAAAAUAAUUAAACCUGCGAAGAAAACCUGUUCAGAUUUUUCACAACUUUGAGGCUUACCUAGUGUUUUUUACAGAGUAUAUUUUAGCACAAGCACCAUGGUGGCAUGCAUCGAAAUGGUGGUAUGCUAAUUGUCAGUGCUAUUUCCAUAAACAUUAUCAACAGCUUCUUGACUGAUCCUCCACAUUUAGUAGAAAUCAUUUCUAAGCAGUAUUUGUGGUUGUCUUUUAGCUUUGCUUUAUGAUUUCAUGUUUCUUUGGAAAGUUGAUUUGCAUGUUAGAUAUAAAAUUUAUUUUUCAUUUUCUUGUAAUGAAUCUGUAACUUGUUAUUUUUUUUCUCUACUAGGCAUUUCAUAUUAAAUACUCUGCAGGACUAUUACAGCAAAGUGACAACUCAAUAAUUGAGCAUUAAGUAGCCCCAAAGAUUUCUUAGACUUUUUUUUGGAGCUGUCACAGUUAACUUUUUUUUGGAAUAGCGUGAGUUAGAGGCUCCGCAGCCAUUAGCCCUGUGAGAGAUGGGCAAGGGCCUCUGGGAGCUGGUGACCCUCAGCUGUGUCCAGCUUGCUCUGAGAUGCCAUAUUUGCAAAUUUAAGUCACAAGAGAUGUGCUUCAGGUUUAGCCCUCAGCUCCCAUAAAGUAGCAUACAGGCUUACAGUUGUACUGUAAAAUUGCCUGAGCUUUUUCUAGGGAUGCUUUCAAAAAGCCCUCACAGGAGUGGAAAAAUGACUGGCUUAGAAGUUGGGAAGCCUGAGUUCAGGUUUGACCUGGCUCCUGACAAGCUGCCUUAUCUUCUAGAUGAGGUUUUUGGAUUGGGUGAUCUCUCUGUUGCCUUGCAGCUCUGCAGUUAAGUAUGAUGUUCGGAUAUUUAUUUCUGACUAACUAUCCAAGCCUGCUAUUACAAGUUCAUCAUAGCUUCAGAAGUCACUUUUCAAGCAAUGGACAUGAUCAAAUGAACACUUACAUUGCAUGGUGAUGGGUAUAAGAUCUAAGCUACCAUAGAAAGGUGUAGAAUGGAAAACAAGGGAAAGAGAAAAGAGGGGUAGGAGAGGAAGCAUGCAAGUUCAGAAAUACAGUAAGAGACUUCACAUCGGACGACACCCCUUGGAAAUAGCCAUUGCAUUAGAAAUUUCUGAAUUAGUAGAACGUUCUGAACCGGUUAUCGUCAAAAGCAGACUUUGCAAGAUGGGAAUGGUAUUGAGGCAAGGUUUGGGUAAAAUAAUAAUAAAAGCCUUCUCUGCUGUUUGGAUCAAACUCUGUCCCCUUCUUGUCCUUUCAGGCACCCGAAAAGAGGUCCUUAAUAGACAGCUGGGGACAGCGUCCCCACUCCUUCAAGUUCAAGGCAAUGAGCAGGUUCCUAUUGAGUUGCCUACUCCUAAAGCCUAAUAUGCUUCAGUUCCUCUUGUCCUAAUCUACAUGAACGUUCAGGAACUACCAUCAUGCCCUGGCUUAGAAAAGAAUAUUGCCUGGAUGGGAAAACCUUUGGGAAUGUUAGACUGGGAGGAGGGGGAAAUGUAAUUUGAUCCAUACAAUAACGGUUCAUUGUACAUAUACAUGUUGAAUGUGUGAACAUGCUGUACUUUGUACUCGAUUGUCAGGAUGACAGAACAGCUGGAAAAUUUUAAUGAGUAAGGGAAAACAUUCGUUCCCAGGGAUGAUAAAAGAAAGGAUCUUGGUGUCUUUUCUUUUCCUUAGUGCUUCACUGAAUUACCCCGAGUUAGCCUCUACAUAAAUCACCAGGUUUUACAAGAUAUUUCUUUCCCAUGUGUGGCUUAAGGAAUCUUCUGUGUUGGAAUUUGACUUUAAUAAAGCAAUUAAGUUGCUCAGUUUGAAAUAAC